CGCUUCUGCUCGCCGAGCUUCUGCUGCCGCCGCCGGGCGGACGGGCGGACGGGCGGACGGGCGGACGCGCGGAGCUGGGGGCGGUGCGGCGGUGCCGGCGGGUCGCGGCGGGGCUGACCGGCCCCGAUGAGGCGGAAAGAGAAGCGGCUCUUGCAGGCGGUGGCGCUGGUGCUGGCGGCCCUGGUCCUCCUGCCCAACGUGGGGCUCUGGGCUCUAUACCGCGAGCGGCAGCCCGACGGCACCCCCGGGGGGUCGGGGGCGGCGGUGGCCCCAGCUGCCGGACAGGGCUCACACAGUCGGCAAAAGAAGACUUCUUUCUUGGGAGAUGGGCAGAAGCUGAAGGACUGGCAUGACAAGGAGGCAAUCAAAAGGGAUGCUCAGCGUGUAGGAAAUGGAGAACAAGGAAGACCUUAUCCCUUGACCGAUGCUGAGAGAGUGGACCAGGCAUACCGAGAAAAUGGAUUUAACAUUUACGUCAGUGAUAAAAUCUCUCUGAAUCGCUCUCUUCCUGAUAUCCGGCACCCAAAGUGAGUGUAACGUCUCUCAUCUUUUGACAUCUAAGGAUUUUGCCUGUGUCUCUGCUUUAAGAGUGAAUUAAAGAAACAGGUACAUGAUACAUUGCUGGCAGAGAUUCCCCCUGUUGCACUGGACCUUUGCAGCAAUUCAAAUAAUCAGAUCCUCCUGGGAUUUGGAGCUGAUGUGACAAGGGACAGUGUUGUCUCUUCAGAAGAGCCAGUCUCCUUCCUUUUUUUCAAUGAAUUGAAGCCAUGUAGCCUCUGCAUUUCACCUUUUGCUCUC